UUUUUUUUUUUUCUUUUUUUUUUUUCAAGUUCACAUUGAGUAGGAUCAUUUUACAUUUAUCAUUUUAUUAACGAAUAAAUUAAUAUUAUAAUAAUUUAUUGCUGUCGUGUGUAUAUUGACGAUAUCAACAUUAUUUUUAUGAUAUAUUAAUAAUAAUUAAAUAAUUUUUCCUUGAGACUUUGAAAGAGAGAAAAAGAAAUGAUGACAAAAAAAUACAAUUUCCGUAAAAUGUUAAAUUCUCAUAAAUACGUUGAUAAUUUGUCAUGUUUUUUUUUUUAUUUACCUACUUACUUUUAAAAUAAAAAAAGUUUCCGGUUUUAUAAUUAAAUUAAAUAUUUAACUGACCAAUAAGAAUGGUCAAAUUUAUAUAAACAAUCAAACAUAACCUUAAUUUAUAAAAUGUCAAGCCGACUGUCAAAAUAUUGAAAUAAAAAUAAACACAUGAAAAAUGUCAUCAGAAAAUUGGAGUAAAUUAUCAAAACUUGGUCCAGAAUAUUACAAAUUAACAUUAGACAAUGUAACGGAAAAAUAUCAAACAAGAAAAAAUUUUCUACACCUUUGUUUUAAUGACAAUGACGAAAAUUUAAUUGGCAUUGAUUCAAAAGGUAGUGUAUAUUUAUUUGAAUAUUUUUCAACUGGUUGGAGUUUUGUUUGUCUUGGAACAAUUGGCCAAUCAACAUUUGUGUCAUACAGUCCAAUUGCAAAAUGUGAAAUACUCGUUGGACAAACAACAACUGAUGUUAAAAUUUUAAAACUAUCACAUGAAUCAUUGACACAAUUUUGUACAUUAAAAGGUCACAAAAUAUCACCAACAUGUAUAACAUAUUACAAUAAUUAUUGCUUAACUUGUUCACUAAAAGAAGCAGUGAUAUGGAAUUUACAAACUGGUGAUAAAAUUCAUCAGUUACGUCUUGAUACAAGUCAUCUUAAAAAAUCAAUAAUAUCAUCAAAUGGUCUAAUUGCUGUUUUAUAUAAAAAUAAUACAAUACAAUUAUGGAAAUUCAAUGAUUUUAAUAAUGACAAAAAAAUUAUAUUAAAUGAUUACAAUAUGACUAAUGCAAAAGAUUUAAUAUUUGUUGAAAAUGGAAGAUGCAUGAUUGUUUGUGGUGGUGGUGGUGGUGGUGUUGGUAAAAAAAAUAUAUUAAUAUUUGAAACAAAAACAUGGACUGUAACAAUGGCCAUUGAAUUGGCUGGUAUAACAUCAUCACCCAGAAGAAUACAGCUACUUGAACCAACACUUGAUAGUGGUCUUAAAAAAAUAUUAAUUAUUCUAUUUGACAAUGGUAAUUUAAAGCUACUUGAUUUAUCAACAAAUAAAUUUAUUCCAAUCAUUGAUAAAAUAUUUGAUGGAAUUAGAAAAUUUUGUUUAUCACCACAAGGUCAAUGGAUUGCAGCAAUUCAAUUUGAUGGUUCCAUCACAAUAAAUGCAAUUAAUCAAAUUAUUAAAAUUACAAAAAAAAAUAAUAAAUCUGUAGAAAAUAUUAAAUCAUCAUCAUCAUCACAUCGUGUUGAUGAACAUCUUGAGUGUAUUAGACAACAAGUCAAUGAACAAUUAACAAAAAAUAGAUUAUUACCAAUAUUAAAAGAAUUUAAAGAAUAUCCAGAAAGACAUCGUCCACGUAUUUGGAAAAGUCUAUUAAAUUUACCAGAUAAUCGUAAAGCAUGUCUUGAGCUAACAGAUAAAAUUGCUGAUGACAUGAAGCCUGAAAUUUUAAAAGAUUUAAAUUUAACUGACAAAAGUAAAGGAACAAUUCUCAGUUUAACUGUUGAAAAAUUAGUUUGUCUUUGUCCAUUGUUGAGUCAAGCAUCAUUUAUUCCAGAACUAAUAUUUCCAUAUUUAAUUGUAUUUAAAAAUGAUUCAUUAGCUGCAUUUGAAAUGUCUCUUACAAUUAUUAUGAAUUUUUGUAAAAAUUGGUUUGAGUAUCAUCCACUUCCACCGAUAAAUAUACUUGGAAUUAUUGAAAAUAUAUUGAUGGAAGUUGAUCCAGAAUUACUUGGUUAUUAUUGUCAAAUAAAUGUUACAUCAAGUGAAUAUGCUUGGCCACUAUUGAGGACAACAUUGAGUGAAGUAUUGACAGCAAAUGAAUGGCUGAUACUUUGGGAUCACAUAUUGUCAUAUGGAAAACCUUCAUUUUUAUUAUUUAGCAUUGUUGCUUAUGAAAUUUGUUUGAAAAAUAUUAUAUUUAGGCUUUUAAAAAAUAAACAAGAUGCUCAACAUUUUUUUCGAACACCUGGACAAGUUGGUGUUUAUGAUAUUAUCAAAAUUGCACAAAAAUUAGAUGCCAAUGUGUCUAAAAGAAAUCAUCCAUCAAGAUAUCUUUUAGAUGAGUUUGAAUUUUUGCCUGAAAAUGGACCAUAUCCACCAUUUUUAAUGAAUGAAUUUCCAAAAUUUUUAAUAAGUGAUCAAGAAAAUAUAUCAAAAUUACAAAAACUUCAAGCUGAAGAGGUACUUGUUAAACAAAAAAAUUUAGAAGCCAAAAAAAGAGCAGAAAAAAAAAUGAUUAAUGAUGAAAUUGAACGUUUUUCAAAAGAAAUUCAUAAUCAAAGAUUAAAAGAAUUACAAAAAUGUUACAAUGAACAAUUAAAAUUAACAAAAUUAUCAUUAGAAAAUGAAAGAGAUGAAUAUCAACGAAUAACAUUAACAGAAAAUAUUGAGCAACAUAAAACAGCAAAUAAAAAUGACAAAAAAAAGACGAAAAAAUCUUUUCAAGAAUUACAAAAAAAUGUUGAUAAACUUGAGGAUGAAGUACAAUCAUUUUUAGGAUCAUUAAAAACUUCUAGAAAAUAAUAAUUAACUAAUUAGAUAUAUUACUUUAAAAUAUUUUUUUACUUGGAUUCUUUUUGUUUAUAUAAAUGAAAAAAAAUAUAUAUAUAAUUCUAUGUGGAAUAAUUGAUGGAGCAAGGUAAAAUUUAAAUCAUGCAAUUAUUUUAUUUAAAUGAUUACC